CAUUUAAAGAUGCUUUAGAUGUUUAUUUUCUUCUUGAAUAUGUUCGGGGAAUGGAAUUAUUUGAUGUCAUAAGAGAUAUCGGUAUUUUAUUAUUAUAAUCUUUAGGUCUCUUAUCAACAUAUGAUUCUCAAUUUUAUGUAGCCUCUAUGAUUUUGAUAACCGAAUAUCUUCAUCAUUAAAACAUUAUUUAUAGAGAUAUUAAACCUGAAAAUUUCAUGGUUGAUGAUAAAGGAUUCUUAAAACUAAUUGAUUUAGGAACUGCUAAAAUAAUUAAAGGAAAAUAAGGAAUUAUUCGAACAUAUACAAUUAUAGGAACUCCUCAUUGUAAAAUUAUUUAUAAAUGAUUUAAUUAAUAGAUAUGGCACCAGAAAUCAUUUGUGGUAAAGGUUACAAUUGUUUGGUUGAUUUAUGGUCUAUUGGUAUAUGCUUAUAUGAAUUCAUGUGUGGUAUGGUACCUUUUGGAGAAGAAGCAGAAGAUCCAUAUGAAAUUUAUGAAGAAAUUAUCAAGAAAGAUAUAACUUAUCCUAAUUAUUUAAAAGAUAAGAAAGCAAAAAAACUUAUGGACUAGUAAAUUAUUUAUUUAUAUUAUUUUAGAUUGUUAUCUCGAGUUCCUGAAGUUAGAUUAGGAGGUUCUUAUGCAAGUCUUAAAGGAAAUCCUUGGUUUGAAAAUUUUGAUUGGGUAUUUUUUUAUUUAAUAUUAAUUAGGAAAAAUUAUUAGAAAAAGAAAUUAAAACUCCAUAUUUACCUCCAGCUGAUAAAUUACUCCCAGAAAAUGAAAUAAAAUAAUUUGAAUAAAAUGGAAGAAUGAUUGAAGAUGAAAUCAAAGUAAUUAUGAUAAUGUUAUCCUUUAGUAAGAAUAAUCUGUUAGAUAAAUGGAUGGUAAUAACUAAGGAGACUAAGGAUGGGAAAAAGACUUUUGAUAUUUAAAAAUUAAUAUAAGA